AUGCCCAUCAUUAGCAACGCCAACCAUGACUUCAGCAAUCUGUCCGUCAGCGACGACAGCAGCCUUGACCGCAUCUUCACAGAAAUCCCUGAGACUGAGACCAUCAAGGGUGUGUACUACAAAAGGGCUCAGUUCAUCCGGCGGCCAGAAGACCUGGUGUCCGUCGACCAUGGCUUGCUGGCAGUGAUCAACGUUGGGGGGAACCGCUACACCUUCCCCUGGAGCACCCUGGAGCAAUUCCCCCUCACCCGACUUGGCCGUCUCUGUGGUUGCCGAUCACCAGAGGACAUCGCCAGCGUCUGCGAUGACUAUGACGAAGCCCGAAAGGAAUUCUUCUUUGAUCGCUCGCCGUCCGCCUUCAGGGUCAUCCUCAACUUCUUGGCUGCAGGGAAACUGCGCCUGCUACGGGAGAUGUGCGUCCUCUCCCUGCACGACGAGCUUACCUACUGGGGAGUGGAGAUGGCCUACAUGGAACGCUGCUGUAAAAGGAAGAUGUACACGCGCAUCGAGGAGGUUCACGAGCAGGAGAGGCGAGAGGAAGAGUGCAGGCAGAGGAACGCCAUGCAGCGUGUGUUGGUGGAGGAGACCAGGUACAGAAAAGUUAUGAACUGGCUGAGAGAUAUGGUGGAGAACCCACAGUCUGGCUUACCAGGGAAGAUCUUCGCCUGCAUGUCAGUGAUCAUGGUGGCGGUGACUGUGGUCAGCUUGUGUAUCAGCACCAUGCCAGACCUCAGGGAGGAAGAGAAAAGGGGCGAGUGUUCCUCCAAGUGUCACAACAUGUUCAUCAUAGAGACGGUGUGUGUGGCCUGGUUCUCCCUGGAGUUCAUCCUGCGGUUCAUUCAGGCCCGCAGCAAGCUGGACUUCCUCCGCGGGCCGCUCAACAUCAUCGACGCCAUGGCCAUCCUGCCCUACUAUGUGUCCCUAGUGGUGAAAGAGGAGGACGCGGCCACAGAGCACGAAAGGCCAGGAGGAGGUAAGGGCUACUUGGACAAGCUGGGUCUGGUGUUGAGGAUUCUGCGGGCGCUGAGGAUUCUCUACGUGAUGCGGCUGGCUCGCCACUCCCUUGGCCUGCAGACACUCGGGCUGACUGUCAGACGCAGCACCCGGGAGUUUGGCCUCCUCUUGCUUUUCCUCUGCGUUGCCGUCACCCUCUUCUCCCCGCUGGUCCACUUGGCUGAAAGUGAGCUCACUGGCACCCAUGACUUCAGCAGCAUCCCUGCCUCCUACUGGUGGGCCAUUAUCUCCAUGACGACUGUGGGCUACGGCGACAUGGUGCCGAGGUCCAUCCCGGGACAGGUCGUAGCACUGAGCAGCAUCCUCAGCGGGAUCCUCAUCAUGGCCUUCCCCGCUACCUCUAUCUUCCACAUGUUCUCCCGCUCCUACCAAGAGCUCAAGAUGGAGCAUGACCGAUUGUUCAAAGAGGAAUGUGCAGCUGCUGCGGCUGCUGCUGCUGCCUCCGGGGAGCUGCAGGAGGCGGGAGUUGAUGGAGGAGUUGAAGGAAGGUUGGUGGAUUCGGCUCCGCCUGGACUAGGAUUACGUCUGGAAAAGGAUAGUAUGCACUCACUAGAGUCUUUGGCUCUGUUAGGGAAAGGUGGUGAUGCUGCAGGAAAUAAUAACCAUAACCUGCCAGCUGGAGCUUUUUGA